CAGAUUGACGUGAUUUGUGCAACGAGUCUUGUGACUUUCUACUAUUCAACGUAAGCAGUAUCAAGUAUCGAACCAACAUGACUGAUCUGACUCCUGAGCAAAAUGGAGGUGUCUUGAAGACCAUUCUGGUCGAAGGCUCCGGGGAUUCUCCAAUGACUGGAGACACUGUUUCUGUUCACUAUGUGGGAACCCUUUUGGACGGAGGCGAACAGUUUGAUUCCAGUCGAGACCGCGACCAGAAGUUCGAGUUCACACUUGGUACUGGUCAAGUAAUCAAAGGGUGGGAUUUGGGUGUAGCGUCAAUGAAAAAAGGAGAGAAAUGUGAUCUGAUCUGCAAAGCGGAUUACGCUUAUGGAAAGGACGGGUCAUCACCCAAAAUUCCAGGAGACGCUACUCUUAAAUUUGAAGUAGAACUUUUUGAUUUCUUUGGCGAAGAUAUCAGUGACGAGAAAGAUAAAUCUAUUCAGAAGAGGAUUCUCAAUAAAGGCGGUGGUUGGACAACACCUAAUGACGGAGCCAGAUUGAAAGUGGAAAUUGAAGGUUUUACUGUUCCCGGAAAUGAAAGCUUCGGGAUCUUCGAUGGAGAUCUCUUACACGGAGAGGAGUGCGCUAAUGGGUUCCCGAAGUUCAUUGAGACAGUGCUUGAUGAUAUGAAAACGGGCGAAAAAUGUGAGCUAACUGUAACGUCGAAGCACGGAUUUCGCGAAGCGAGUGCUGCAUUCGCGAAUGCGCCUCUGAACUCAGACAUGAAGUUUGUGAUCAACCUGAAGACUUUUGAGAAGGAGAAGGAAAGCUGGGAAAUGAACAGUGAGGAGAAAAUUCAGCAGGCUGAACUGAAAAGAGAUUCGGCAAAGAAUUAUUUGGAGAAGGGAAACUUGGAGAUGGCCAUCAAGUUUUUCGAUAAGGUUGUUAAGAUUCUGGAGGAUGAGAUCAAAGGUCCAAGAGCUGUGCAUGACGAUUUGAGUGACAGCGAUGACGAAGAGGGCGAGAAGGCGGAGGCCACGCCAGCUGGUGAUUCAGAGGCUCAGAAUGGAAAAGUUGAAACUAAAACAGACCCUCGAGUACUGGAUUUACUAGAAACAAGUCACCUUAACCUAUCACUCUGUUUCCUCAAAUCUAAAAACUACAAUAAGGCUAUGGAGCACUGCGACGAUGUUCUUUCUGGAAGUGAAGAAGUUGCAGAGGCGAGGAUGGAGAAAGCACUUUUCCGAAAAGCCGAGUGCCUUCUUUCCCUACACGAGUAUGACAAAGCGAAAUCUCUGUUCGGCGACGUAGUCCAACAGUUCCCUAAAAACGCAACUGCCAGAAAACGAUUGGAAGAGUGCAGCAAACGAGCCAAGGAGGAAAAAGAGAAGGAAAAACAGAGAUACCAGAGGAUGUUCAAAAAUUUCUCAACAUAAACUGAUUCCCGAUUUGAACAACAUGAUGAUGAUGACUGAAAAAUGCUGCAACCGAAUUGGUUUAGUAACCGCGAACGUUCAUUUCAUUGAAUGAAAAACGUUUGGCAGUGAAUGAUACGUUAUGAAGAUGCUUUCAAUUUUUUCUUUUCG